AUGCAACCAACAAAUAACCACACUGUUCCAAAUGGUCUAACACAGCAUCGACGAGAAGUCAUGACACCAUUAGUAUACUUUCGAACUUUCUGGAUGGAUUAUCUCGCCAUGGCUGUACUGGGCGCACUGGGCUUAGGGAUUUACUUUUUGCGACCAGCACCGAAUCGUGUAUUUCCAGUUUACUUUCGUGAUGGAGAAGUCGUUAAUCCAGAAUUUACUUAUCCGUAUCAAAAAGAUAUUAUACCUAUCUGGCUAGCUGCUCUCUUAGCAUUUAUUAUUCCAUUUAUAUUUAUAAUGUUAAUGCAAAUACGUACGCGGAGUUUCAACGAUGUGAAUACAGGAACGAUGGGUUUAUUAUUUUCGCUUAUAACUGCUGCUGUUUUUCAAGUAUUUAUUAAAUGGUUAAUUGGUGGUUUGCGACCACAUUUUUUCUCAGUAUGUAAACCGAAUAUUAACGCAUCAUUUGUUGGGACAGGACAAGGUUUUGAUGGUCUUCUAUUUGAUCGAUCGAUUUGUACAGGCGACGAGAAACAAAUUAACGACGCCUUGGAAUCGAUGCCAUCAGGACAUUCAACUGCAGCUUUUGCUGGUUUGGUCUACUGUUCACUGUAUUUAAAUGGAAAACUGAAAAUCUUUGCCAACUAUCGACCUCAAUACUGGAAAUUCGUUCUCUUCUAUGCUCCACUUCUCGGUGCUGUUCUUAUUGCUGCAUCUUUGACGAUAGAUCAUUACCACCAUUGGUACGAUAUUCUAGCUGGUGCAGUCAUUGGAACCAUACACGCAUUUGGGUCGUAUCGUUUCCAGUAUGCAAGUGUUUGGGACUAUCGUUUCAAUCACAUUCCAUUGCCAAGAGUCGACGCUGAACAUGGCUUUGAUUAUCAUCUUGAUCAUUUGGAAGAGUCGUUGAGUGGAUCGAGAAAAGGCGGAUGGCGAAACGGACAAAUUCAUGGUGCGCCAUUUGAUGCAACAGCGACAUUAUCGAUGGUGGAAAUGGAUAGACAAUUAAGAGUAUAA